AUCCCAGGGCCCGCGCUGCGCAUCUUCAGCCAUGGCUGCGGUAGCAUUGCCGCUGCUGCUGUUGUUGGCGUCACUGGUCACCCCAACCCCAGCGCGUGACCCCUUCGCUCCGCAGCUCGGGGACACUCAGAGGUGCCAGCAGCGGUGUCGCCAGCACCACCCUGGCUCGCCUCCUGCGCAGCCUGAGCCAGAGGGUCCCUCAGAGUCCCCGAAUAACAAGGCUAUCCUGAUCAGUGCUUGUGAGCGUGGCUGUCGGCUUUUCUCCAUCUGCCGCUUUGUGGCCAAGAGCUCUAGGCCCAAUGCCACAGAGACAGAAUGUGAAGCAGCCUGCACAGAAGCUUACGUGAAGGCAGCGGAGCAACGGGCCUGCAGUGAGGGGUGCUGGGGCCAGAUCCCUGAACCUGAGACCCAGCUGGAGCAGAAGGACUUGGCUUUGGACCCGCCCAGGGGGCGCCUCUCCCUUCGGUACCUGUUUUCCAUGCUCUGUAGCGACCUGAUGAGUUCUGCCCAGGGCUUUCUAUCCUCCUCCUGGACAUAUUCCCUUCAGACAGACAACCGGAAAGUGGUGGUGUUCCAGACUCAGCCUGUAGCAGAGAACUUUGCAUUCCAAGGGAGCCAUCUGCAGCGAGUGGAGGUGACCUGGAGGAGGUCCCACCCCAAGGCCCUAGAACUGCACAUGGACCCUGUAGGCCCCUUGGACAAAGUGAGGAAGGCUAAGCCCCGAGUGAAGACCAGCAAAGCCAAGGUAGAGUCUGAGGACCAACAAGAGAGUGACUUCCUCAGUUGCAUGUCCCGGCGCUCCGGGCUGCCUCGAUGGGUCCUAUUCUGCUGUCUCUUCCUGUCCAUCCUGAUCAUGCUCUGGCUGAGUUGCUGCACUCUGGUCACCACACCAGGCCAGCACCUCAAGUUCCAGCCUCUAACUGCAGAACAGCACAAGGGCCUCUUGGUGGAGUCUGACUGGCCCUUAUACCCACCCCUGCCGCCGCCUGCCUAUGAGGACAGCACACCUCCUUACAAGUUGAAGCUUGAUUUGACCACGCUGUAAUCUCCAGCCUACUGCCAAGUGCAGGGGCCUCCCUACGUUCUGUACCCUAAAUCCCAAGGUCAGGUUGGGGACCAACCUUGGGCUUAUCCACCCCCCAGUCUUCCCUCCCUCUCUUGCCAGCACAUCCCUUAGUCCCCUUGAGACAAGUGGACCUAAGUGGCCGAGAGAGGAGGGUCUGGCCUCCUUGGCCCCCCAUCUUGCUUUCCCAGGGGCUGGCUUAUUGACAUUCCUCACAUGUUCUGAGUAUGGAACCUCAUCUGUGUUGCUUUUUCUUUCUCUGUGUCCUCACUGUGGGGCUGAGGUCUCAGGGGCUCCCCUCUGCUAAGGUUCCUUCCCUUUGUCUCUGGAAACCCAACCCCACAAGGACAGAGUGGUGAGAACUCCUUCCUGGGAGGAGAUAAGGAGAUAUAAACCUUUAAAUAAAGUGAAUAAAAAAUAGGGUGGCUGA